UUUUUCCGGUCUUUUUUUUUUUUUUUUUUGCCGUCGUCUCACCUUCCGGCGCUCUAUCACAUAAUGCUCCCUGCUGUUCCUACGGUUUCAUGGCCAAUUUUUUGGAAGUAGGUGGCCAGGUCCUUCGUAGUCUGUGUUAGACUGGAAGCUCUGAUGAAACCUGGCCACCGUGGGUGACCCUGCUGGCAUUUGAAAUUCCCGUGGUGUACUUUCGGCGUCACAGCAACAGGCAGCCGCCACAGUACAGGAGACGUGCUGUGGUUCCGCGACCAGGAAAUGAACCCAGUGGCGGUGGUGAGAGAGCUGAAUCUUAACUGCUACGCCUGAAAGAUCACCUGUUAUUCCUUAUGGUAAAGACGGCGUCUGGCUGAUGAGCAGCGUGGUGAGGCCGCCGAGGGAGGCGGAGGUGCAGACCUGGGAGACGGAAGAGGAUGACAUGGCGGAAGGCGAUUUAGGGUAUGGCCUCGGAAGAAGGCCCGGUGGCAUUUAUGAAGUGCAAGUUUCACGUUUAUUUACAUCUAGGAAAAGAUCAGAUGGAAAGGACUUUAGCCCUCCCCCGUUUGCAAGAAAUGAGGAAGAAAAAUGUGGUGCCCUUUUUCAGUAUCCCAAGCAUAAGAGCUUGCGAAACACAUCUCCUGAAGGGUCCAGAAUUUCCCAUUACAGACGACAAAGUAGCGCCGAUUCUAAUUCAGAAUUGUCAAAUGUCGAAUUGAAGCGACGUCUUCAGGAAACUUUAGAGGAGGUAGAAAUUUUAAAAACUGAACUUGAGGCAUCUCAAAGACAACUUGAAGGUAAAGAGGAAGCAAUGAAAAUUCUUCAAAGCAUGGCAAUAUUUGGCAAAGCCACAAGUCAUACCCAGGCAGUGCUUCAAAAGACUAUGGAACAAAAGAGAUCCUUGGAGAAGGAAAUAAAUGCCUUGCAGUGGGAAAUAGAAUUUGAUCAGAAUAGAUUUAAAAAUAUAGAGGAAUCUUGGACCCAAAAAUAUGACAGGCUAAACUGUGAAAAUGAAGUCCUCAAGGAAACUCUGAAACUGAAAACAGAAGAAAUUAAAAUGCUCAAGUCUGAAAAUGCAAUUUUGAAUCAACAGUAUUUGGAGGCCCUCGCCAUGCUUGGUAUCAAACAGCAGAAGAUGGCUCAGGAAAACAUGUGUCAUGAUGAAAGUGGCUUCUCAGAAGUUUCAGGUCUUGAGCUUGAGGUCCUCGGAGCCUGCCUCUGUCAUGGUCCCAGAGGGAGCCCCUGUUCCUGUGCCAAAAUGGCAGCGUCCGCUCAGAAAACGUUUCUGCAGCUCAAACAAGAGUUGGAACUUUUGCAGAAGAGUAAAGAAGAAGCUUACAUAAUGGCAGAUGCAUUCAGAAUUGCAUUUGAACAACAGUUAAUGAGGAAAAAUGACCAGGCAUUAAGAUUGACACAAAUGGAUAAAAUGUGUAAAACAUCAACAAAAUGGAUAAAAUGGAAGCACCUUAAAGAGCAUGGAUUACCAUCACAAAGUAGUAAGAAGACCUUAGGGCAGAAACUAUUGGGUAUGCUCCCUUCAGAAAACACUUCUAAGAGGACUGAAGAGCAGGAUAAUCCUCAGGAAGUCUUGAAGAUGCUAAUAGAUUUGCUGAAUGAUAAAGAAGAAGCUUUGGCUCAUCAAAGGAAAGUUAGUUAUAUGCUUGCUCGGGCAUUGGAAAACAAAGACACUGCCUCAAAAGAGAAUAAAGAAAUAAGUCCUAUGAAAGACAAUUUUCCAUUAAGAGACCCUUGGCAGAAAACUUCAGAAUUCUCUGUUUUGCAUGAUCCUGUACAUUCAAGUGCUCAAAUUUUUAAUUCUCUGGGCUGCAUUCGUUCAGUCCAGAGCCUUCAUACAGAUCAAAACUACACAGGAACUCUGAAAAGAUCCCAUUCUUUGCCACCAAAUAUCGUGUUUGGAAGACAAACCAGUUGAAAUUAGAACUGAGAGCUGUUUACAUCAGGAGCCUUUGGAAAAGGAUUGUGUACAUGUUGCUACAUCUCCAGAAGUUAUACGUUUUCUGGGUAUUUCUAAAUUUUAGGAGUAAGCUUAAGUACUGAAAACAUUUUCUACAAGAAAUUUAUUAGUAUUCUGUGUUGACAUAUUUUAUUUAUAUAUUACAUUACUAUACUUUAGGAAAUUUUUAGUAUUUGCCAACGUCAAAAAUAAAGAAACUCACUUUUAAGAAAUACAAAAAAGUAGUUAUUUAUAUUGACUAUUGGGAUCUGUGACUGGCUGGCUUAAGCAACAAUAUAAUAGUAAAUUAAUGUUCUAAGAAAUAAUGCCUAGGAGUGACUGAUGUUAACUUUUGAAAUACAUUUAUCUUGUUUUAUUUUUGUUUUUCAGGACUUUUCAUUUGCCAUAUAAAGUUAUAAAAUAAUUUGCUUAAUUUUACUUCAAUGAAAAAGUUAUUAUGGUGGGACUUUGGCAGAAGUCUAUUCAAAGGCAUUGCUAGUUACCUUCAUAUCUUCUGUUUUUGUUGGAAUGGUGACAUUUGGUAGCCAGAGCUCACAGAAUUCUGGCACUCAGACCAUUCACACUUAACUUCCUGGUUUUGACACUGAAUUUUAGGCCAUUUAAUUUUACUUCUCUUUCAAUAAAUAUUACAUAGUAAUAAUCUUUAAUACCUUUUAAGAAUAUUCCUAUAUUAAUAGCAUACAACUAUGUCAAAAGAAGUACAUUACAUUGUCAAUAGUUACAAUAAAACUUUUGUCUAAUUAUCAUCUCUAGAGAAAACAGAAGAUAUGGCUAUACUUAAAUAGAUGAGAUAAUAAUAGGGUAAUAAGGUAACAACAUAAACCAUUUAUAAAGUGUUAAAGGAACAGCAUUCAGUUGGCAUUAAUAAAUAAUAAUAAAAGCUGAAAACUUGGCAAAUAAAUUUUGAAAAAUGGAGGAAUGAUAAGGAACUACUGUUACCAGAUAUUAAAAUGUAUUGUCCUGAUAGUAAUAUCAAGCUACCUUAUUUAAAGCAGUGUGGUACCAGCAGGUCAAUGGAAUACGAUAAAGACCAUACACAGAUCUAGUAUAUAUAAUUUAACAUAAAAUAAAAGGUAAAGAAAGAUUUGGGAUGAUUUAACAAUACCAAAAUUGGAAGUGUAAAAAAAAAAAAA